CGGUGCUGAAAUCUACCACUGGAAAUGAUCAGAUGGAGCCCAACUUUCAUCUACCGUCACUGAACCAUAGAUGCGCUUGAUUUAUCUCGCUAAGCGCACCGAGUGAGUGCAGUUUGAAACUAGUCCACUUAUCCGAUUCUGAAACAUUUGCAUAUAUCGCGCCUUCUUGGUUUACUUCCACAAUUGCCCACUUGUCUUCUGAGCGUUGUCAAUUUAGCAACUUUGUCACUUAUAUUAAGCGAGUUUUCAGACCCCUCCAGCGACUUUUUUAUUGGUGAAAGAUUCUAGCGACAAAAUUCUGAUUUUCUUUUUCAGGCUGCCUUUGGGGUUGACACAGAGGGUGUCUAUGAUUUUGAUAGCAUUUAGAGACUUUUCCCACUCAAUUCUGCCGCAAACAAUAGUGGGUGACGGUGCAGGCUACUUGUUGUGUAACAUUAUUCACAUCAACGACGCAGUCACAUGCCGCGUUCACAUACUAGUUUGAAACGAGGAAACUGACAUUUCCUGGUUGCACGCGUGUAUAACUUCAACCUAUUAGCAAAUCGAGACAUUUCCGAGUUUCUUAGUUCCAACUAGGACUUGAACGCGGCAAAUAAUCAGAGAGGUGCGGCGGAAGAGGGCGAAAACGCGACGUGGGGACCGCAGUUGUGCCGCAUCAAGCCAAAUUCGUGAUGUGACGCCGUCGCGGAAACGGUAACGUAAUCUAGCGUCUUCUAGCGACAAAUCAAGGAGCCAAUAGCUGUAAUCACUGAAAACCAGUCGGCAACACUGCACGGUGUCAACGUGCUUUUCAUGGUAGGAUCGCGUAGUAAACAGAGGCAGAGGUCGGAGUGGAGCUCAUUACUACUGAAGAAAUCUAUGCACAUUUCACAAGGAAUCGCUGUUCGUUGAAUGAAGCUUUACCGACGAGAAAAUGAUAUGCAGACGUCUAGAUGAUUAUGCUGCUGGUUUGCAAAUCUAGGACAACGUGAUCUCGAGGAACAAUAAAUCAGCUCAUUUUUAUCCAUGGUGUUUGCAAGUUGUAAAGAGAUGGAUGGUAUCGGGAACACAAUGCAGAAGAAGGCUGCGGAGCUCGAGCGCAUGGCCGAGGUUCUCGUCACCGGAGAGCAGUUGAGGCUGCGUCUCCAUGAAGGGAAGGUGGUUAAGGACCGCAGGCAUCACCUGAGGACGUAUCCCAACUGCUUUGUGGCCAAGGAGCUGAUCGACUGGCUGCUGGAGCACAAGGAGGCGUCAGACAGAGACACGGCCAUCAACAUCAUGCAGAAACUCCUGGAUCAAAGCAUCAUCCAUCACGUCUGUGACGAGCACAAGGAGUUCAAAGACAUGAAACUGUUCUAUCGCUUCAGGAAAGACGACGGGACGUUUCCACUGGACAACGAAGCCAAGGUCUUCAUGAGGGGACAACGGAUAUAUGAAAAGCUGAUGAUGAACACGGAGACGUCCAUCCUAGCGACUCGGGAAGAAGAGGGUGAGACGUUUGAACGGACGCUGGUGGCCUCUGAGCUCGUUGAUUGGCUGCUGGCGGAGGGAGAGAUGGCGACCCGAGAGGAGGCGGAGCAUCUUGGACGGAGGCUUCUAGAACACGGGAUCAUGCAGCAUGUGACCAACAAGCACCACUUUGUGGAUGGAGGGCUGCUGUACCAGUUCAGACUGAACUUCCGAAGGAGACGACGUCUGAUGGAGCUGCUGAACGAACGCUGUCGUACCAUCCCAGAGAGCCAUGACAGCCCCUUCUGUCUCCGCAAACAAAACCCAGAGGGAAGCAACACCAGCUUCCUAUCUGUGAGUCCUACUAAAGAGAUCAAGAUGAUAGUGGGUAUCCGUCGUAGCAGUAUGAGCAGCAGCUGUGGCAGCAGUGGUUACUAUAGCAGCAGUCCCACCCUCAGUAGCAGCCCCCCGGUGCUCUGUAACCCAAAGUCAGUGUUGAAGAGACAAGUGAGUCCUGAGGAGCUGCAGACCCCAGGAGGCCCUUACAUAAAGAAGACAUUCACAAUCGUGGGGGAUGCGGUGGGCUGGGGCUUCGUGGUGCGAGGCAGUAAGCCCUGCCACAUCCAGGCUGUCGACCCCAGUGGUCCCGCAGCUGCAGCUGGGAUGAAGGUGUGUCAGUUUGUGGUCUCGGUCAAUGGGCUAAACGUGCUGUCUCUGGACUACAGGACAGUCAGUAACCUCAUCCUGACCGGGCCCAGGACCGUUGUCAUGGAAGUCAUGGAGGAAGCAGAUUACUGAAGAGGCAGGCUAUCAUGUGGCAGGGGGCGUGGCUGAGCAGAGUAGACCCAAGGCAGACUCUAAAGACACCAUAGAGAUAGAACUGCCUUUAUGGAACUCUAUAGAAAACUCUCUCUGGGCUUUUAACUCUCUCUGGGCUUUUAACUAUAUGGGAAACUCUCUCUGGGCUUCUAACUCUAUGGGAAACUCUCUGGGCUUCUAACUCUAUGGGAAACUCUCUGGGCUUCUAACUCUAUGGGAAACUCUCUGGGCUUCUAACUCUAUGGGAAACUCUCUGGGCUUCUAACUCCAGGAAAGACUCAGUCAAGCUCUGCCAGCCACCACCCACGUCUCCUUCCUAUUGGACACUGCUUCCCUCUGAUGGCCUCCAAUAGAACUGCUUGGAGAAGAGAGAGGGACAUUAGUUACUCUGUUAGAUCCACACAUCUUGUCAUUGGUCUCCUGUCUCAUCUGUCUAGUUGAUGCUGAGACAUCAGAUGGACCCUGAUAACAUAACAGCCCCCUGCUCCAUGAUUAGGGGACUGUGCCCUGCUGUCCCCUUCUGGUUUCUCACUGUCUCCUGUGGUCUGUGUUUUCAUUAUGUAUUGAUGGUACUACCUACCCAUGUGUGAAGCUGUGUGGGGAGAGACCGUUCUGGACCCGUCUAGAUCUGUCUGUCUUUCUCUAUCCCGGGACGAGAUGUGGUGAAGUUGAAGACAGGCCUGAAGGAGACAGGCAGCAUAUCAUUCGGGACAGGCCUGAAGGAGACAGGCAGCAUAUCAUUUGGGACAGGCCUGAAGGAGACAGGCAGCAUAUCAUUUGGGACAGGCCUGAAGGAG